UCGGCCAGUGAGUGAGUGAGGGAGAGAGAGAGAGAGAGAAAGAGAGAGAGGGGAGCCUUGUGGAGCAGCCGCGCCAGCGCUAAGAGGCACGGGGACGCAGCAGAGCAUCAGGGCGUCUUCAUCUGGGAAAAAGAAAAAAGAAAAAUAAAACAACAACAACAACAAAAAACAGCGACAUACUGGUGGGAAACAAUCGGUGGACAUAUAGCUUUACUGCACAGACAUAAAAUGAAAGGGUUACCUGGCUGUAUAUUGGAUUUGGAGUCUUGCCUUACACCGCUGCGACUUUGACACAACAGCUGCGCAGGCUGAGUCUCUAAGAGUCGUUUGUUGGGAGGAAUUUCGGGCACCACGGAUCUAACUUGAUUUGGACAUCCAGGGAGUAAGCUUAACUACCUACCUACUGCUCUCACUGGAAAAGAAAACUUUAAAGCACCACUACCACCAUGGAUGAGGAACAGUGCUACUACAAUGAGACCAUCGCCUUCUUCUACAACCGCAGUGGCAAGUACCUUGCUACUGACUGGAACACCGUCAGCAGGCUGGUGAUGGGGCUGGGCAUCACCGUGUGCAUCUUCAUCAUGCUCGCCAACCUUCUGGUGAUGAUCGCCAUCUACGUCAACAGGAGAUUCCACUUCCCCAUCUACUACCUGAUGGCCAACCUGGCAGCUGCUGACUUCUUUGCUGGACUGGCCUACUUCUACUUGAUGUUCAACACGGGACCGAACACGAGGCGGCUGACUGUUUCGACGUGGCUGCUACGCCAAGGCCUGAUUGAUACCAGCCUGACGGCGUCUGUGGCCAACUUGCUGGCCAUCGCCAUCGAGCGCCACAUCACCGUGUUCCGCAUGCAGCUACACACUCGUAUGAGCAACCGCCGUGUUGUAGUGGUGAUUGUCAUAAUCUGGACCAUGUCCAUAGUCAUGGGGGCCAUCCCGAGCGUGGGCUGGAACUGUAUCUGUAGUAUUAGAACUUGUUCCAAUAUGGCACCGCUGUACAGCAACUCCUACCUGGUCUUCUGGGCAGUGUUUAACCUGGUGACUUUUGUUGUCAUGGUGACACUGUAUGCCCACAUCUUUGUGUAUGUGCGGCAGAGGACCAUGAGGAUGUCACGGCACAGUUCUGGACCACGACGCAACCGAGAUACCAUGAUGUCUCUGCUGAAAACCGUGGUGAUUGUGUUGGGUGCCUUCAUUGUCUGCUGGACACCCGGCCUGGUCAUUCUCCUCCUCGACGUCUUCUGCGCCAGCUGCAAUGUCCUAACCUACGAAAAGUUCUUCCUGCUUCUCGCUGAGUUCAACUCAGCCAUGAACCCCAUCAUCUACUCCUACCGUGACAAGGAGAUGAGCGCCACCUUCAGGCAGAUCCUGUGCUGCCAGCGGCAGGAGAAUGUCAACGGAACAGCGGCGGAGGGAUCUGACCGGUCGGCGUCGUCUAUCAACCACACGGUGCUCAGUGGCAGCGGAAUUAAAGACAAGUUGUUCCAGGGAUCUCACCGAAAAGAGGAGGAGGAUGUUUGCAGUUUCAGUGCAGGCUCUGUGCCACAGUGUUAUGCGGAGACAAAGUGAAGGUCAUAUCUGGUGAGCGUUAACAGACUUUCAGAUUAUGACAUGAAAUGUGCUGAGUUGUCCGCCUCUCAUGGCUUUAUCAAGUGCCCCUGUGUCCAUGAAGCUGACAGAGAAAAGGGGGGAGGAAGUUAAGUUGAAUAUGAAACAAUUGUCAGUGGUUAUGUGAAAUUUCCCCCUGGUGGUUCUAAAACUGAAAAUUACUGUAAACUACAAAUGAUUUUGAAAAAAAAAAGUUAAAAAAAAAGAUAUAUUUAGAAGAUAAAAUGGUUGUUCAUAACCGCCUGCCAUGAAACUGUAGUUUGCAAAGUCCAUUUUGCCACGAAUGAUACAGCAGCUGAUAUAAACAAUUUUGGCUGCAAACACUGACCUGCUCGAUUUACAGCCAGCUGUCCUGAACGGAAGACACUGACGACGUGGAUGCAUUAAUCUGUGUCACUACAUGAAGUUAAACCCAGCGGGCCGAGCCAAAGAAAAGACUGAAAUGCCUAUUUUUGAAUUCAGUUUGCAAUUGAUCAAAUCCACCCAUUGCUUUUAUCUUUUCUGACAGAAUUUGGGAAAAUCUCCCAUUUUAGAAUAUCCUCAAGUGCUUUUCUUUUAGUGACACAGGAACUACAGUACAGCAGUCCAAUAGGUGUGUGUGGCUUCACCAAACACUUGCAGGCAGUUUUGUUGUGAUUGUUACUGAUGAUAUGAGGUAAUACACAUACUCAUCCAGAAUACAUUGUGUUUGGUUUAUGUCACCAUAAUAGAUGGUUGGGGUUAGGAUAAUGUUGUUGAUGUUUACCUUAACAUCUUUAUGAAAUGUUUACCACACGACAGCAUUGAGCAUUUUUGAUAGUCAAUUCUUAUUUAAAGGUCUACUGACAGCAAUGACAUGUUACAGUUUACUCUUAUGGUAGUACUCAAGGCCUUUAGGGUGUUUUUCUUAAUGAAUGAACUUAGCAAGACGUGAGCCGCAGUUGAGCCAAUGCAGUGUUGAAUAGUGUUAUGUUAUUUCCACAAGUGAACUCCCUGACUUCUGCCAUUGACUUGUGAUUCCUCGCCAGUUGAAAGUCAGUGUGGUGAUUCUAUGACGUGCUUUGUUAAAAACUGCCAGCUGAACAUUUUGUCAUGACUUAAAUCAAAACACUUUUUGGCCAGAAUACACAGACAGAGCUCCCAACAGCUGACAGCAAAGUGAGAAUCGUGGCCAAACAUACAGUCAAAUGUUUUCCAGGAAGCAAGCUGUUUGUCAGGGAUUUAAACAGCAGUGCUAACGUGAAGUCAGCCGGUAUUCUUAACUGUCAGCGUUGCCCAAACAGAAGUUUUUUUUAAGGCAGGAAUCUUUUCCAAAAGUUUGGUUUUCUUAUGUUUACCCUUUGCGAGUUUGUCCACCUUUCAUUUCUGUUAACUUCACAAGAGGCCUCACACGAAAAGUGGCAGUAGGAGAGCCACUCGUUGUUUUACCGACCGAACUUUGUCGAUCUAGGACUCUGGACCCAGCCUUUCUUGUUUGACAUUCACUGUAACCAUUUUUUCUAAGUAUUGAUUCAGGUUUUAUAGCAAACCAACUAAACUUUCUGUCUUUGUAUGUCUUUGUUUACCAGUGAGUCACUCUUUGUAUACCAUUGUAAGUAUAUGUGUACAGUAUGUAUGUAUAUAAAAUAUAUUAUUCAAAGUUAAUCACCAAAGGGAAAGUGUUUUUGUGUCUGUAAAUUUAACUGUUAUACUCUGUCCAAAUGUACUGUAGGAUGUUGUUUUUUUAAUGUCAUGAGCUCUUUGUAUUAUGACCCUAAAUAAUGAACUUCUUGAAACUUCUUGUAGACACAAUUACAGCUAUUAACUUGUUUGUGAGCCAGAACUUGAUAUCUAUGUGUGCAGUGCCUUCCAGUUCUCCUCCAUAAGGAGUAACUUAACACCAGGCUGAAAAGUAGUGUUUUUACUGCCCUCUCUGGUUUCCAGCCUGUUUCACCUCUGACCACACCCAGCAGUGAUUUCACAGUAUCCUGGAGUACACUUGUACAUCACUGCAGCAACGUGAGAAGUGAAACCACUGAUGGUCAGCGAAGCCAAGAUUUUCACAUGGUGUUAAUCUACUCUUUAAGUCUGUGUGUUGCUAACACCAUUGUCUUACAUUUGCCUCAGUGUUGGAGCGAUAUUUCACUUUUGAAGAGUUUUCAGUAGAAAGCACGAUUUUCUAAAUAAUAACGAUUUAGAAAAGGCUCAAAAAAAUGUCAAAUAAGUACAAACUCAUGAAUGAAUUAGUAUUAUGAUAAAUUAUGGGUCAAAACAGUUUUAAAUCCUCAGAUGUGGAGGACAAAAAUAGAGAUGUAAUUGUUGAUCUUUUUUAAUUUUAUGUAUGUUUUUUUGGGUUUUUUUUUUCAUCAAAGAGACAUAAUGUUUGGAGUCAGCAGAAAACAAAGAAAUUCAACAGAACACUAUGACAAACCAUUUUAUAUACAACAUGUUUAUCCACGCAGUCCACUGCCAGUGUCUUGAUGUGUGCUAAUCCAUGAUGGUCUCCCAGAUUAGUAUCUGAUGUUUGCCGCUUGCUUCAAGUUAUCCAAAUUGACGCAGGUGGUUUGAGUUGCAUUUUCAUCACGUCACGUUAUUUUAUACCAAACAUUACUGUUGAUCCCAAAGAGUAAACAUAGAAUGAUAAUAUUUACAUUAUUAGGACCAAUGAGUGGUCUUCCAAGCUGUAUGGCUGAAAGAUUUUGUUCAGAGCUUUAAAAUGCUGUAAAAAAAAAAAAAAAAUUCAACCUCAGAUUGAACACCAUGUACCAGUAGUUUGUAGAAAGUAAUUGUGACGCAUACUAUCUAUACUGUAGGGGCCAAUAUCAAUGAAUGUCCAGCCAGAGUCAUAGUGUUGAUAUCCCAGCAACAAUAAAAACGUGAGAAAAGUCUGAA